AUGCGCUUACUUGCGGUGCUGGACAUCCAGGGCAACUGGCAGGCGUUUGCCGACGCGUACGCCCGCGAGCUCCGCUUGGGGCGACCCCCCGAUGCCAUCGUCCACACGGGCAACUUGGGCCUCUGGCUGACGGCUUUAGUGGUCGACCUGAACGAUGUGAGCUAUGCCCGCCAAGUGGUGGCGUUCCUGAGUGUUUUGUCGCCAUCCGUGGUCGAAUCGGUCAACAAUUUGCUGCAAAUCAGUGGUGGCACUACCAGUAGUGGUACUGGCGAAAAUAACGACGAGAUCGAGGCGAUGGCGCUGGCGCUUGACGGACACCGUUUAAGCCACUACGACGACUAUAUUGGUGGUACCCAUAAGCAAUUGCCGUGUCCGGUGUACUCGGUAUACGGUCCUUUGGACCACCCUUCCGUGGUGACUCAGUUACUUAAUGGGCAGUUGAAUGUACCCAAUUUGUUUAUUGUUGAUCACAAUCACGUGUACGUGCUUGACGAUGAAGUGCUGGGACUGCUGGUAAAGCUCUAUGGCCUUGGAGGGACAGUUAAGCUCCAUUCCUUAUUUGACCAUGGCCCCAUAGCUAAGGAUGAUAACGAUGAUCAUAAUGCUGAUGUGGUGGCCCCAGUGUGUGGAAAAGUUGGCGAACUAUGGGUCACUAUGGUCCAAAUUGCUGAGCUAUACGUCAAAGCAAUGGAGGCCACUACCACUACCGAUGGUUGUGCCAGCGAGGACGAUACCACUAAUAGUGCUGAUAAUGAUGGUGCUGUCUCAUCGACGAUUAACAUAUUCAUGGCGCAUGCUCCGGUGAUCAAAACCCCGUUACUUGAACAUCUUGCCAUCAUUACUCACGCUGAUUUCACCAUAAGCCAAGGCCUCCACUUCCGCUACCCCGUCUCUGGUAACGGGAUGAGCUUUGUUGAUCUGAUGGGUGGUUCUGCUGGCUAUCUAGACCACUACCGCCUGAAAUUCUCCCGGCUUCGAAUGAUUUUAGGGGAAUUAUGGGCGAUUGUCCGCCACGACGUGUGUCGCCAUUUGGACACGUCCAUCCUCCCCAUCAUCGAAUUGGCGUUGCUGUUAUUUGAUAAGAUCCCCGUGCUGAUCGCCGAUACCGUCGACGAGAUCGUCCCGUUGCGGGUGGCUCCACCAUCUGCUGAUACUUCCACCACUACCAACAAUGAUGAGAGCUCGGCGAAACCCGUCCUCAAACGGAUUAAUGACUACUACUUUCAGGCCUACUAUAACUUAUGGCACUUCAACGUGUGUGACGUGGUGCUGGAGGACCGCACCCAUUUAAAUGUGAUGGGUUUCCUUUUGGAUGAAAAUCAUAAUUUUGUCCUUGAACACUGUACCUCCCAGGGUUUCAAUUUCCGAUUCAAAAAGGAAAAGCAACCACCGAAUAAUGAAGCCAAUAGUACUGGUGCUAGUAGUAUUCGUGGUAGGGGGACCACUCGCCACAGAGGGAGACGCCCCGGUCGGCGUUAG